GGAGAGAACUGUCAAAACAAAAAAGUAAAAACUGGACAUCAGGAUACAAGCAUCUGAUGGGGUAAACAUUUACCUGGACAACAGAGCAAGAAGAAACUAAAAACAUUUUAGUGCGGGAAUUAUUUAAUCACAAUAUCGCAAGUUCAUUGAAAAAGAGAGCAGAGUUAAAGGUCAACCUGCCACCAUGAACCGUCCAGCUCCUGUUGAACUGUGUCACAAACACAUGAGGUUCCUAAUCACACACAACCCCACUGACAGCACACUCAGCUCCUUUGUAGAGGACCUGAAGCGUUAUGGUGCCACCACAGUAGUUCGAGUUUGUGACAGCACAUACGAUAAAACACCCCUUGAAAAUGAUGGCAUCACUGUGGUGGAUUGGCCAUUUGAUGAUGGAGCACCACCCCCCAGUAAAUUGGUUGAUGACUGGUUAAGCCUUUUAAAAAAGAAGUUUCAGGAGGACCCUGGAUCCUGUGUGGCAGUCCACUGUGUGGCCGGUCUUGGACGAGCUCCUGUCCUGGUUGCUUUGGCUUUGAUUGAAAGUGGAAUGAAAUAUGAAGAUGCCAUCCAACUUAUUAGACAAAAGCGCAGAGGAGCCAUCAACAGCAAACAGCUGACUUAUCUAGAAAAGUACAGAUCGAAGCAGAGACUCCGAUUCAAAGACUCUCAUUCACACAAGAACAAAUGUAGCAUCAUGUAAAAUCUCUUCACAGACAUUUAAGCAGCCCUGGGCCCUGCAUUCACAUUAAAGCCAUGGAUGAUAUGAUUCCUUUGGUUUGUGCACAUUACAAUGUAAUUAAAUCACUGUGAAAUAUAUGGUUCAGUGGACAAAAAGAAGAGCCUUCAAGCAUAAAAAGUGAUCAUUUAUAUUAUUAUAUAUAAAUUAUAUUUUGUAACACUGUGACCUAAGAUAAACCUGUAAUUUUCAGAAUAAGGAGUAAAAAAACAAAAUACACUGAAUUAUGAACACAAAUGUUUCCUUUACUAUGCUCCACUUGUCCACAAGGUGUUUGGAAAUUCUGGCAUCGUUAUAUGUAUAUAACAGUGUGUGAAAAGCAGCUGCAGCUUGUAUCAAUGUGAAUUAUAAGAGCUUGCUGUUGAUUUCACUGUGGUCAUGUUUACAUAUCAGCGUGUGCAUUAACAAAUGGACCGUUUACUGUCACUCAACUGUUUUAAGGGAAACAUAACACCAAUACAUUACAUACUGUAUGUACAUUUGGUGUAAAUAAUUAGAGAGUAUGAGAUGUUUUAACAAUACAUGUGUAAAUUAUAUAGUUAUUUGUAAAUUAAAGGUCUCAGAAGAGACAUAUAGCAUUUAUUGUCACAGUUAACAUUUUUUGAAAUGAUGGCCUAUUGGAAUGUACACUUUAUGCUUUGCUCUGCAUCUUAUAAACUUUGAUUUGUUGUUUGUACUUUUUUUUUUUUUUUUUUUAAACAUGCAUGAAUAUGAAAGCAUCUGUUCACAAUGGUUUAUUUAAAUACGAUCACAGAUAAAAAUGCAUGUACUUUGCUUUUGUAAUGUCCUCACACAACCUUCAAUGACCUUAAACUAUCAGUAGAUAAAUCUUUAUUCAGAAAACUCAACUUUGACUCAUUCCUGAAGAGCAAUUUGUAAAUUUGUUUAUAGCAGUAAUUGAAAUAAAAACACACUGUUAUAAGAAGGCAAAUGGUCUGACUAUUUCCAGUCAAUUUUACAUAUUUUGAGUGUGAAUAUGUUGUUUGACUGUGUGUGUUUUAUAGAUUUAGAUUCACUUAAUGACUGAAAUGCACUUGCUACUUUUGCAAUAAAUACAUGCAACAGA